AGCCAAUGAGCGGCCGCCGGCCCCGGCUCCCGGCUCCCUCCGCCGAGUGAGGCCGCGGGCGCGGGGGGCGGGGGGCGGAGGCCGGAGCCGGGACGCCGGGCUCCGGGGCGGGGGCGGGGGGCGCGGGCGCCGGCGACCCCGGGGGCGGCGGCGGCGGCCGGGGGAAGCCGCGGGGCCGGUCAUGCGGCUGCGGGGCCCGCGGCCCGGAGCGUCCGCGCAGCCCUGAGCGAGGCCCCACAGGGCGCCCCCCGCCGCUGAGGAUGAGUCACUGUAGCAGCCGCGCCCUGACCCUGCUGAGCAGCGUGUUUGGGGCGUGUGGCCUGCUGCUUGUGGGCAUCGCAGUCAGCACCGACUACUGGCUGUACAUGGAGGAAGGGACAGUGCUGCCGCAGAACCAGACCACGGAGGUCAAGAUGGCACUGCACGCCGGCCUCUGGAGGGUCUGCUUCUUCGCAGGCCGGGAGAAGGGGCGCUGCGUGGCUUCUGAAUAUUUCCUUGAACCGGAGAUCAACUUGGUGACGGAAAACACGGAGAAUAUUCUGAAGACAGUACGCACAGCCACCCCGUUCCCCAUGGUCAGUCUCUUCCUGGUCUUCACCGCCUUUGUCAUCAGCAACAUCGGCCACAUCCGCCCACAGAGGACCAUCCUGGCCUUCGUGUCCGGCAUCUUCUUCAUCCUCUCGGGCCUCUCCUUGGUGGUGGGCCUGGUCCUGUACAUCUCCAGCAUCAACGACGAGGUCAUGAACAGGCCCAGCAGCUCUGAGCAGUAUUUCCACUAUCGCUAUGGGUGGUCUUUUGCCUUCGCUGCUUCCUCCUUCCUACUCAAAGAGGGGGCCGGAGUGAUGUCGGUGUACCUGUUCACCAAGCGCUACGCCGAGGAGGAGAUGUACCGCCCGCACCCCGCCUUCUACCGCCCGCGCCUCAGCGACUGCUCCGACUACUCCGGCCAGUUCCUGCAGCCCGAGGCCUGGCGCCGCGGCCGCAGCCCCUCGGACAUCUCCAGCGACGUGUCCAUCCAGAUGACGCAGAACUACCCGCCCGCCAUCAAGUACCCCGACCACCUGCACAUCUCCACCUCGCCCUGCUGAGGCCCGGCUCUCCGGCCCCCCC